AAACGUAGAGGACCAUUCUGGUACCUUCCUGGGUGUUUUUGUAAAAUUGAGAAAAGGGAAAGAAAAUUUUCAAGGCUAUUUGAGUUCCGUCGCAGAGAAGUGAGAAAUCGGUAUGGCGCCGGAGGUGACGAACAUGCCGCCGGCCUCUUUGAAGUCAAAGAGGUUGGUGGCUAAAAGGCCAAUGCCAUUGUUGCCGGUAAUGGAAACGCCGUCGUCGGUGUCGUGGUUGUUGUCUGAGGGAGAGCAGCAAAAGCGAGACACGUCCUUGCUGCCGCAUCUGUAUUUGAAGGUAAGCGACGCCAAGGGUGCUGCUCUGUUCUACAGGACAGCCUUCGGUGUCGAACAGGUUUUCUGCAGAGGGAUUUGCCGUUACAUCAAUGGAGAUUAUUCUAGGGCAACCGAGCUCGACUUUAUUGGCUAUGUCCUUGUGAUCUAUGACUCUGAUAUUCCGGUGAAGCCUGAUGAAACAAGAGCUUACAGGGAUUUGAUAGUUGGCGACCCUGAUAGGCUUAUAGCCCAGGCUGUGAGUUUUGGAGCAAAAGCAGUGGGUGAGAUCAUUGAGACAGUCAGAGGGCGCAUGGGCAGGAUCAAGGACCCCUAUGGUGUUGUCUGGCGGAUCUCUUCAUAUAUAUGAAUUGCAAUUGCUGAUAACUCGCCUGUUCCUCGCUAACAGACAAAUGAAACACUCACUUUUUUACCAAAAGAAACAAAAAAAGCAAAUGAAUCACUCACAAAUUGGCCUAUGGGGAAGUUGUUAUAUUUUGGUUUUUAUUCAAAGAAUUAUAACCUCCUUGAUGUGGAUGAUUACUUUUGGCCGGUGCUUGUAAAUUAAUCACUUUUGGCCAUUGUAGGGAUUUCUUAUCAAGCUCGUAAAUGACUUUUCCAAACUGGUGUCUCGUCCUGGUCUUUUAGAUUUCCUUUUCAUUUUCUUGUUAUAGUGCUUUUCUACUUGAUGAUAACUAAAGAGAAUUAUAGUGACGGUCAUUGCAACUUAAUUAUCAUAUUGGUUCAUUGUUCUGACAUGGAGUAUUAAACUUACUUUGAAUAA